UAAUGUAAAGUAUUAAUCUCGACUACAAAUUUCUACAAUUUCAUCGAAAACAAUGGUGUAUUUAUGUGAUACGAACGUGAAAUAGAAUAUUGUGAAAUAUACAAUAUAUCUGAUCGAAUAAGUAAGCUCAUUGAAGCAGGAAUAUGAAGUCAUCAAAAGAUAUAAAACCAAAAUAUAAGUGGAAUAUUGUAUGGAGAAACGUAAUAAAUUUUCUUUAUCUUCACAUAAGCAGCCUUUAUGGAUUAUAUUUAAGUUUAACCGCACUAAAAUUCUAUACUACAAUAUUCAUGAUUAUUACAAUUCCAAUAACAACCCUCGGUAUUACUGCAGGUGCUCAUAGAUUAUGGGCACAUAAAUCUUACAAAGCUAAAUGGCCGAUGAGAGUAAUACUAAUGAUUUGCCAAACUAUGGCAUUUCAAAAUCACAUUUACGAAUGGGUCAGAGAUCAUCGGGUCCAUCACAAGUUCACUGAUACGGAUGCCGAUCCUCAUAACUCGCAAAGAGGAUUUUUCUUCUCUCACAUUGGUUGGCUAAUGUUAAAAAAGCAUCCCGAUGUUAUAAAAAAAGGUGCUACGGUAGAUAUGAGCGAUCUCGAGAAAGAUCCGGUGGUCGUAUGGCAACGCAGACUUUAUAUCAUUCUUAUGCCGCUAUUUUGUUUCAUCAUUCCUACGUGGAUACCUAUAUAUUUCUGGAAUGAGCGUCCGAUGUACUCAUGGUACCUUACGAUUUUUAGAUAUACCUUAUCUUUAAACAUUACCUGGCUAGUAAAUUCGGCUGCACAUAUUUGGGGUACAAAACCGUAUGAUAGUACGAUUUCUCCAACAGACAGUUAUUCGGUUGGUAUUGCUGCAUUCGGUGAAGGUUGGCAUAAUUAUCAUCACGUAUUUCCGUGGGAUUACAAAGCUGCUGAGUUAGGAAAUUACAAAGUAAACUUUACAACGGCAAUUAUCGAUGGUUUUGCUAAAAUUGGUUGGGCUUAUGAUCUCAAGACAGUCUCACAUGAAAUGAUUGAAAAGCGUGCAUGUAGAACGGGAGAUGGUACAAAGUAUCAAAAUGUCAAAGAUCAACACGAGCACAAUCAUAAUAAUUCUAUUUGGGGUUGGGAUGAUCCAGAUAUCAAUACUGAAGAUGUUCAAAGCGCAAGGAUAAUUAAUAAGGCCGAAUAAGACGAACCGACGGUCGAAAUAAAAAAUCAUGACGGUGCCUUUUGAUAUAUAUGAUA